UGCAAAGUUUCUUCUCUUUCGGUUCGAAGUCAGUAAAAUUUUAAAGUCAGUAAAGCGCAGUUUUGUGUGAAAAUAAUCUUUUAAUAUAAAUUAUAAUGUCAGUUGAAGAAGCUAACAGAAAACUACCAUUUAAGAAACGUACUUUUUCGAUUAAACAAAAAUUUGAUGAAACGUGUCAUAAACAAGAUAGUGAUACUACAAUAAAUGAAAUAGCUGCUGAAUAUAAUGUUUGUCGAAAUACUGCCCGUAACGUUACUGAACGUUCUCAAAGUCCAGGAAAUCAAUCAAUCGGACAACCUGCUGAAAAUGUUAUUCAAGAGCUCACGCACCGAUUGGAAAAGAAGAACAUUAAAAGAGAUAAUGAUAUUAAUGAUAAAAAUAAUGAAGAAAUUACAGAUAAUUUCACAAAAUGUUGGAACUCUGCCCAAAAAAUCGAUGGAAGAGAAUGUCAACAACUGAAAAGCGCACAAUCCGAAUUAUAUAAGUGGUUCCAACAAUUUAAAGAAUCCGGAAAUAUAACUCACUUUGAUCACUUUAAAACUAAAGGAUUAAAACUUAUGGAAGAGUAUGACGUAUUAAAAACAUAUAACGACAGAUACAACUGGCUGCAUUGUUGUUUCAAAUCUUUCGAAGAACAGGAAUUUCGUCUUCAAAUUCAAGAGCUCACGCACCGAUUGAAGAAGAAGGACAUUAAAAGAGAUAACGUUUAUAUUAUGUUUAAAACCCAAUUUUAUUGGAAAAGUCUUAUACCGAAAAGCGAUAAAAAAAUUGACAUGCAAAAAUUAACAGGCUACCUAAAUGUUAUAUUUUGUACAAAUAUUACAGAUGACCAUAAAUUACCACCAUUUUAUUUUUAUAACAGUACAAUGCAAACAACCGCUAAGGAUAUAAAAAAUAUUCCUAAUUUAUGUACAACAAGAGGUGAAAUUCAAAAAAUUGUCAAGGAUUGGUACAAUAAUCAUUUUGUGAAACUUGUGAAAAAACGUCAACAGGAAACAAAUGUAAGCGACAAAGUGCUUUUAAUCGUUUCUGGUUCCAAAACGCAUCUUGAUAUUCAUACAAAAGAUAUUACGCAAAAUGACAAUUUUGAGAUACAGUUUAUUCCAGGAGGCAUUACACUAAUAUAUAAAAUAAUAAAAAUUAUUACUAAAGAAAUAAGAAAUAAAUGUAAAGAAGUAUUUCACGAGUUUUGCACAUCUUACGACAUAAACAUUUAUGUUUCAACGAUUAACGAGGAAUGGUAUAACAAUCAGUGUGAACAUUUCAUAAAAUUAUUUAACGACUUUUUGUCAAAUUGUUGUACAAAAGAAAAUACAAUGGCAACGUCUUCAAUUAAUCAGACACCAAAGGUAAUUAUAAAUGUAACUGAAGAAGAUACGACACUUAAGGAAAUAUCAGCACAAGUAGAAGAACAAUCGAAAAACAGGAGAAGUGUUGGAAAAUACAAAGAAAAAGUUACCCCUUCAGAUGAUGUAAUAGAAGAUCUCAAUUCUCAUAAAGAAGAUGAAGAAAAAGAACAUCAAGAACAACAGGAUAAUAAAAAUAAUGAAGAAAUUACAGGUAGAAUAAUUUUACAAAAUGUUCGAACUCUGACCAAAAAUACGAUGCAAGAGGAUGUCAACAACUGGAAAGCACAAUAUCCGCAGAUAACAUCAUAA